GGAAGCCUGGGCCGCUUCGAGGCACCCAAACCCUAAGCCCCGGAGCCCGGGCUCUGCCCUAAGUCCCCCGUGCGAAGCCCUGGGCUCGGACGAAGCCUUGGCCUUCGGGUUCGGGUGUGCUCCCGCCCGUGUGGAGCGCUCAGAGCUGACGGGAAUGCUGUGGGAAAGGUUUCUGUGCUUGGUCUGUAUGUUAAAAUAUAAUGUAGCUGUAGCCGUCUGCAUAACUCUGCUCGCUGCUGCGUUUCCCAGUAGCUGUGAGAAACUUUCCUCUGCUCUUAGCCCGCCUCUGAGAAAUAGUUGGGUGACAGACAAGUCUCACAAAUUAAAAGAAUGUUCCUCUGUGUUCCAGCAGGAUCUAGUUUUGUUUGGCAUUGAAAACCUCUCAUGGAGAAUGCUUAAGCAGGAAUCAAUGACAUCACUGGGCAGGAAACACUCUUGGAAGGAAGAGUUGCUAUCAGAGCAAUCUUACACGAUAAAAGGCUCACACAUAAGUUCUUCACUAGCUGCAUACAUCAUAGGUCAUGGACUGUUUUGUGGACUGAAAUACAGAUGUUGCAGAUACUAGAUUUUAUUUUUAUCUUACAAAUUCACUUGAGAGCCCUGUUAUCCAAUUUUUAUUUCCUGUCAGUAACCAGGGUGUCAGAUUUUUCUCAGCAAAUUUGACUUCAUGAGAAAGGACACCAAAUUGCCUCAGUGUUUAACAUCUUCAGUCUGUAACUCCCAUCAAACCCAAAUGAGGUUAAAAUAGUGUAAACAUACACCUGUAUGGUACCUUUGAGAAGAAAAUCCUGGAAAUCAUCCCCACAUUGAAACAACUUUACCAUGUGCCUGACACAAAAAGUUGGACUUCUGCCGUCUAACGCUGGGCAGUUUGUUUUGAUUCCAAGAUGUCUCUUUGCUGGGAGGAACAGACUGAAGGCUGCUGCAAACGAGCAUUUGGGUGUAAUUUCACAUGGAGCUGAACUUGCUGACAAAAUCUGCUUGGAAGAUGGAGAGAAUCAGGUAGUUAUAAUUUCAAAUGCAUGGAAAUAAAGCGCAAGUGAGCUAGGUAAGAGGUGGCUGAGGGCUUUGGGAGUAGGAACUGAUACCUUGUGGUAAGAGGGUGAGCCAGGGAAAGGACUAGAAAGGGGAAUUGAGCUCUUUAUUACUUGCAGAUACAGCAUAUGCAGACAUUUUUAUGUUGCCACAGUAAAUCACAUGAUCUCCUGAAAUCAUGCAAGUUAGUGGUUGGUGAGUCUUUGCUAAGAGACUUUUUUGCACAGAAGUGUGAGAUAAGAAAUCUUUAGCAAUUUUUUUUUCUGCCUGUCUGUUUUAUAUUUCGCAUGCAGCUAGAUGUGAAAAUUUUAUAUUGGUAAACAGAAGGUAGAACGACUGAGUUUGCAAGCAUCUAGAUAAAAGAGGAAGAGAGAAAGUUUCAUUUUGAAGCUGUGAGCUCUUUACAGAGCACUCAAGCAUGGAUGGAAAUGAGGAGAGAGAGGCUUGAAAAGAAAAAUGAUACAUGAGUUAGGGAUUUUUUUUUUUUGGCUUUGAAGAAACAUUUUCCUCUAAAGAGCAAGGUGUCUUUUAGCAAGGUGUUUGCUUUGGUUAGUUUCCGGAGAGGAUGUGGACGUUGAAGGCUUCAGAAUGGUUUGUCACACAUCUGCUGCCUUCAGCACCCCACAUUCGUGUCGCUUGAAUUUCUUGUCUGGCUGCAUUUAUAGGAGCAAUGAUAGCUGAAAAUUCUGCCCCUUGUUAGUACAGAAGAGUCAAAUACUUGUGCUCUGUGAAGAAGCUGGCAGUGUUUCAGAGUCUGGCCAUCCAGUCAGGGAUGCUCCUUUUUCACUUUAGUGUGCAACAGCAGAUAUUACACUGGGCUGUGGCAACAGCCUGCUCAAUUUACCAAUCCAGAAACUCCUGGCUAUGUUGGAUUUGCAAACCUUCCCAAUCAGGUUCACCGAAAGUCUGUGAAAAAGGGCUUUGAAUUUACUCUGAUGGUGGUUGGUGAAUCUGGAUUAGGAAAAUCUACAUUAAUAAACAGCCUCUUCCUGACAGAUCUCUACCCAGAAAGGAUCAUCCCAGGAGCUGCUGAUAAGAUUGAACGCACGGUGCAGAUUGAAGCCUCCACAGUAGAAAUUGAAGAGAGGGGCGUGAAGCUGCGGCUCACGGUCGUGGAUACCCCAGGCUACGGGGAUGCCAUCAACUGUCGAGACUGUUUUAAGACCAUAAUCUCUUACAUUGACGAGCAGUUUGAGCGAUACCUGCAUGAUGAGAGUGGAUUGAACAGAAGGCAUAUCGUAGAUAAUCGAGUUCAUUGCUGUUUCUAUUUCAUUUCACCAUUUGGUCAUGGCCUUAAGCCUCUGGAUGUGGAGUUUAUGAAGGCUAUACACAACAAAGUCAAUAUUGUACCAGUGAUUGCAAAAGCUGAUACACUUUCUCUGAAGGAGCGAGAGAGGCUAAAGAAAAGGAUUCUGGAUGAAAUUGAAGAGCAUGGCAUCAAGAUUUAUCACCUGCCUGAUGCUGAAUCAGAUGAGGAUGAAGAUUUUAAGGAGCAGACCAGACUCCUGAAGGCCAGCAUUCCAUUUUGUGUAGUGGGGUCCAACCAACUCAUUGAAGCCAAAGGUAAAAAAGUUAGAGGUCGGCUCUACCCAUGGGGUGUAGUUGAAGUGGAGAAUCCAGAGCAUAAUGACUUCCUGAAGCUGAGGACCAUGCUAAUCACCCAUAUGCAAGACCUUCAGGAGGUGACCCAGGAUCUUCACUAUGAGAACUUCCGCUCUGAGAGGCUCAAACGAGGCAACAGGAAAAUAGAAGAUGAAGAAGUAAAUAAAGACCAGAUUCUGCUUGAGAAGGAAGCAGAACUCCGUCGCAUGCAGGAGAUGAUUGCAAGAAUGCAGGCACAGAUGCAGAUGCAGAUGCAAAGUGGAGAAGGGGACAGCAGUGCAGUUCAUGGGCACCAUGUGUAAAGUCUUGGAUGAUUUUAUCCCCUGACUCCCAGGAGACCUUCUGGAGCUGGAUUGCAGUGGUGGAGGACAAAAGGAUGCCUCUUGCUUCCGUGUGAUCUGGAGCUUGCUGUGGAGUUUAUUGUGGGACUGUUUUGUGGUAACAUCUUGUGAGAUGUAUUUCAUAACAUGUAGUCAGUUGGUAUUUUUAUAUAUUAUACACAUUUGACUUUCAUUUUCUUUAGUCCUUCUUUUCUUGAGGUUAUUUUAAAUUUCCUAUUAGUGAUACAAAAUAAUAAUUGAAAGUUUUCUAGCCUGGUAAGCAGUAGAUAAUAGUAUUUUUUUAAUAUGCCUUAUUAGCUCCCUGCUUUUAACUUUGUAUUCCAUUUAGAAAUAAACAACUGUCAGUGAUACCUUGUUCAGUGCCAGGUAACAGUGGCCUCCCUAAGGCUGCACCCCUGCAAGGUUAAUUUUAUAAAUAUUGCAGUGUUUACACGUGUGUGUGAGACUAGCAGCCCUUUCUCUGUCUCUGCUCACAGCACAGGAUUUCCUUGGCCUCUGCAAAAUAUCAAAUGAAAAUUCAAGCAUGCCUUGUGUCUUACCAAAAGAAAGAAGAGGAAAUGCCUCUGUGACAGGCACACUGUAUGUUACAUGACAGGCAUUAUUUCUUUGAGAUAUAACCUUGAGGGUUGUUAUUUUCCUAAAAUCUCUUACUCCGUUGCAGCUAAUUUUGAAUAGUUUCUUGUAGGCCAUCACAAAUCACUCCUGCUAUUUUCUGGCAUUAUUGUAGCCAAAUAAACUUGAAUAAGGCUGAUUUUAUUGUUGAAUGAGGUAAACUCCAAAGAGUAGUUUUCUAUGCAUGGGUGUUUCCUAUAUUCAAAGGAUAAGAAAUUCCUAAUAAGUAUUUUCAUACUAUUUUUAGGGCAUUGUAAAAUGUUACGUGUAGUAAAAAUAUAGAUAUUAGCACACUUCUCUUUUUAAAAGUGACCUGUUCCUGACAGGAUCAAUGCAAACUGUAUUUGAAGUUCUUGCACCAGGAUGGAGUCAGCAGUGUUACUUCAGGAGAGACUCUGUUUUCUUUUAUUAGGCCAAGGUCAUUUUUUUAAUCCUGGUAGCAAAGGAGACUGUUUUUAGCUUGGCUGGGCUUGUGCUGCAGAUCAUUCCUCCUGUUGCAUUUGCAGCAAAUAAUUGAUAAUCAACACAACUGCCCAGGUGGUGGCUGGCAGGGCAAGCAGUGACACACCCUUGCUUGUUUGCUGCUCCUGGUAAAGCCAGCAAUCAGAUUUCUUCAUCUGAUCUUUCACAAAACAUCCUUAUCUGAGCAGCUAAUAAACAAAUAGAUAGAAUUGCAACUUCUUUUGGCUCUUUUGAGCUCAGGUGCAGCUGUGACUUUUAUAAUUUUGUUAAUGUUCCUGUGAAAAAAAUAAUAGAAUUUCUACAGCUAAUGUAUAAUUCCAGUGGUGCUUAAGUGGGUAGAUGAAAUAUAACUAUAAACUGAAAUUUUUACCUGCCUGAAACUACUGUUUUAUGUUUGAAUCUUUCUAAAAAUGUGAAGUAAAACCCUGCAUUGUUGCUGGGGAUCUCCAGCUCUCUAUUCCAAAGUAGUUGCUAUCAAAGUUUGACACAACUCAUUUGACCUUCCCUAACCUUGACAAAAGUGAAAAUGAGAACCUUUUUGUACUCACAGAAGAGUUAAAUCCCAUUUGGUCGAAUCUCUACUUAUAAAACUUGGAUGGGAAAAUAUCUGCUUCUAAAUUCUUGAAUUGCUUUUUCAGAGGAAGGUGUAGGACCAAAGUGAUGUAGCAGCACUGUCAGAGAGCACUCCACAACACCUUCAUUAUUUCUAUUACCAUGAGCCUGUACUUGAAGAAAAACUGUGAAAUGUAAAAUGUCUGCCCAGGGGCCUGGUUUACUUGUCAUUCUCACUGUGUGUAUUGGGUUGAUAGGGUUUUUUUCCUUUAUUUUUAACAUGGGAACAGGAGCACAUUGUCCAUUUGUUUAGGGCUGUUUGGUCACCAUCUGUGGAAUUGUUUGGAAUAUUUACAUAUCUAUUAAAAUAUUUGAUGCAGAUAAAGCAUUUAAUGUAAUUAUUAAGCAAAAAAAAAAAAAAGGUAAUUGAUCUAAAAAUUCAACGGGAGAAAUAUUUUUGUAUGUUGUUUUGGCAUUUAAUUGGGAAAAACAAGUUUGUGGCACUUGCCAUUUUAGCUGAAAUACUCAAGACAGGUAAUUAAUUACUGCUUCUUCCCAAGCCUUUGGGACAGUUGUUCAUAGUGUGCCUGAUGUCUCUGAAGGUCUAGUUCCCCUUCACUUUUCUUGAGAUGGUCUUGAAAUGGAUGGUUUUGUGCUAAGGCAUGAAAAGCAAGACAACUUUUCUCAGAAAAGCUGCUGGUAAGAGAAAGAUAUGAGUAGCAGAAAGGCUUGGGGACAAAGGGUAAAUUCUGUUUGGUGGCUUGCUGAACUGGCCACAGUUCUUUAUCUUUUACUGAGUUGUGAUGGUUUUUAUUUUAGGAGUAAAAAUACUUUUGAAUUUGCAGAGCUUUAUAGUUGAUAGCAAAAUUUACUAGUCCUUGGUACAAAAACCUGUUAUAAUCUAUGUACUACAAUUAGCUAAAACUGUAAUAAAAAUGCUAAAAAGCUGU